UCGGGUGAUCUAUACUCGCUCGACCUGCGGCGAUUUUGGAUAGCCAACUGCCCAAGUGAGGCGCGAUUCCGCCAGAUGCUGAGCGGCGGGAACCUUCGCAGUCUCCAUCUCACGGCAGCGAUGCCGCAGUAUGACGAAGGAAGCCUGGGUAUGUGGCGCGAUACUCAACCGAUUUUCUUGCCGCGUCUCCGCGAAAUUGUCUUCGGGGAUUUGAGCGUGCCGUACGCGCGCAAAACGUUCGCCGUCAUUCAUGCGCCGAAUCUUCGGAUGCUCGCCUUGCAGCUCAUGGACGGGGACGAUUACAGUCCCGUAUUCGGUAUGCUUGCCGGCCGCUUUCCUGAGCUUAGAAUCCUGGCCCUCCACGAGGUUGGCAUUCUACGGGCGCCAGCGGCUUACAAGAAGUGGGCCUUGUUCUUGCAAUCCAUCCCGAAGGUCUUCUCGCUGAAAGUGGGACGCCUGGAUUCCGCCAUGGUGGAUACGCUCGUCCUGAAGGCGGAAACCUAUAUCGUGGAUUCCGAUGCAGAUCUUGACCCAAAUCGGCAACCCUUACCUCCUCUCCUUCCGGCGCUACAAUGUGUUGAGUUCGUGGGCGUACGGUGCAGCGAUGUUCGCAAUUUCGUUACCUGGCGAAGGGACCAGGUGCACACGCCGAUUGCCAAGGCAUACGUGCUCGCUCCUCCACCCGAAGACCCGUUGACCCCAGAGUUCGUUGGGGAACUAAGUCCACAAGUCGGCCUGAUCAUCGACCCGAACAUAAUACAGGCUGAGGAGGCAGACUUGCGCGCCCGUGCGCUGUUGGGAUGAAGGAGCCGCAGUCGUUCGUCGAUGACGGUACGUAAGGAAGAAUCGGCAGCGAAGAGUAAAACCUUAUGUCUGAAACAAGGAGGCUCGCGCAUCGCACUUGUAUAUUUAGUUAUCUUCCGUUCGGAAUAAACAGGCGCUCGUCAACUAUGUCUUGCGAU